AUGGACAUGACCUCUCGCCUUCGGCGCAAGCGCUCCCUCGCCAGUGCCGCCCUCACCUCUCGCCCCUCGGUCCUCACCCUCGGCCGCCUCACCCCUUCGCUCGAAACCUGCGUCCUCAUCCACACCACGUCCAAAGUCGCCCCCACAUCUUCCGCCACCGCCGAGACGGGAGCGCCUCCAGCAUCGACCGCGGCAGCAGCGCCGGGGAGCAGGCAGCUGGUGCACGCGCUCUUUGAGCCCAACUUCUUCGUCGACGGUGUCAAGAAGCGCGUAGAGAGGCUCGACCGCGCCCAGUGGGAGAGGAUCCGCGCCAGCGUCGAGGACCUGCGCAUCGUCGGCAUCGCCAGCCGAGAACGCCGCAUCAACCCCACCGCCCCUCCGCUCACGCCGGCAAAAAACCCGGGCGGGCUGAUCACGCCCGAGGCGAGCCCGACAAAGGAGGAAGGCCGUGUCGGCAGCAGCAGCGGCGGCGGCGGCGGUGGCGCGACGAUGCGGGCGCCCGACUGCCUGUUCGACCUCAUUGCCCCAAGCUCCGUCGUCGACCCGGGCGCCGCAUCGUCGUCGUCCGGCUCGGCGUCAUCAGGCAUGGCCUCGCCGGCCGACGCGUCCCGUUCCAUAUCGACGCUCCUGAUCCAGCCGCGAUCCUACACGGCGCUGCCGGCUUCGGCGGCCGACGAGCUGAUCGAGUUUGAGAUUCGCGGCGUGGGCGAUGGCAUCCUCGCGGCGCACCGGUGGGACAUCCUGCCGGACCAGGUCAAGCGGAUCCUCGAGGAGGCAGAGCGGCUGGGCGAGCCCAGCGACGACCACCUCCUCAAGAGCCUCCAGGAUGCGUCGCUGCGUGAUAGCGGAAAGGGCUACAGCGAGGACGAGUGCCAGUCGAUCUGCGAGCAGAUCCUCGGUCUCGUCUCGGCGCGCUGGUGA